UCAUACAAGGUUAACAGAAGCACGCACGCCGCGACCACAGACUGACGUGUGAAACGAGUUUUUUUUAUAAGUUUUUUUUCGAAGUUAUAACUUAGACAAAAUGUUGCGUCCACUGUUCCAUUUAAGUGUUGCUGCGAUAAAUACGUUCGUAAUAUGGUACGAUCAAACGUAUAUCACAUUUCCUUUUGCUGUUAAAGCUAUGGAGGGAUAUCCGUUGAAGUCCAGGAGUAUGUUUCUCACUAUAUGGUGCCUGAUUUUACAAACCGUGUACCACUUCGUCGCAUUCUUGAACGAUGUUAUCGGAACGAACGUGCAGUCCCCGAAAAAGACACCGAUAAUCCGGAAAAUUAAAGACACCCUCUUCUCCCUCGCUUUUCCAACAGCGAUUUACGUGUCUCUCGCAUUUUGGAGCAUAUACGCCAUAGACAAGGAGCUUAUUUUUCCUGAACGCAUAGAAAAGUUGUACCAUCCAGCUCUCAACCACGUUAUGCAUACGACCAUUUCAGUUUUUAUUAUUAUUGAAUUAUUCACUUCUUUUAGAAACUAUCCGUCAAGAAAUCUCGGUUAUAUAGUAACGUAUUCAUUCUACGUAUCGUACUUAGUUUGGUUUUUCGUUGUCUAUGCUAAAACAGGUGCAUGGGUGUACCCAGUGUUCGAACCUUUGAAUUGGCCACUGAGGUUUGUUUUCAUAGCACUGAGCCUAAGUAUAGCAACAAGUUUAUAUAUUUUUGGGGAGAAAGUGAACAACUUCGUAUGUAAGAGUCGUAGGCAACCAUACACCAAUGGUGUUACAAAUGGUUCGGCUAAGAGUAAGAAGAAAUCAUAAAUAGGUAAAUAAAUAAUAUUUUGUAAUAAAUA